AUGGAUCAUACUCUCAACUACAGUUACGAGCUGCAAUGGACGGAGACCUACCAGGAUCAUCAGGCUCAAACCAUCGUAAAUGGCGGCGGCGUCGGGACGGCCGGAAGUGGCGGUGCUCAUCAUCAGCAAGAGGAGAAAGCUGUUGUAGCUCCUCUGCCUCAUCCUGCUAAUCAUUUGGUUCCACGUUAUUAUGACCCGAACGAAUAUCCGCCGGGUUACAGAUUCUGCCCGGAUGAUAGAGAGUUAGUUUUCGAGUACUUGUUGAAGUUUCUGUACAAUAUUGGACCCGACCCAUGGAAGAAACAGCACCCCAUUCCUACUGUUGAUGUCUACGCACUCAGCCCUGAUAAAAUCACACAUAAUUAUUCCUAA